GGGCGGUGUGAGCAGCUCCCGCCCCUCCCCGCUUUACGGCAGACGGCGGUGCCUUUGCGACCGCCCCCGGUGCCGUACGGGUCCCUUCGAGCUCUCGGGCCGGCGGUCGCCAGUGCGCGGUGCCGGUACCGGAGCCGCCAUGGCCAGUACGAUGGUGGCGGUUGGGCUGACCAUAGCGGCGGCUGGAUUUGCAGGUCGCUAUGCAGUAAAAGCUCUGAAGCAAAUGGAGCCACAACUAAAACAAGCACUUCAGAAUCUACCAAAACCUGACUUCAGUGGUUAUUACAGAGGUGGAUUUGAACCCAAAAUGACGAAACGAGAAGCAGCUUUAAUACUAGGAGUGAGCCCUACAGCCAACAAAAGUAAAAUUAGAGAAGCUCAUAGACGGAUCAUGCUUCUGAAUCAUCCAGAUAAAGGUGGUUCUCCCUAUGUAGCAGCCAAAAUCAAUGAAGCUAAAGAUUUACUGGAAGACCAAGCUAAAAAAUGAAUGAGAGACAAAAUCUGAGGGUUCGUCCAUGCAAAUGAUUGUUUUUGAUAAAUGGCUGAAGAAAAGUUCUAAUGUCAGUCUUUGACUUAAUAUAAAUGAAGGUGGGAAUAGGAACCCAGGGAGGUACUUCCCUCCCCAUGCACUUAAGUCACUUUUUUCAGAAAUGUGUGAGGGAGUGAGGCUUAAACUUUUUUUUUCACAGCUGUUCAUUAUUAAGCAGCAAAAUCAAAUCUGCCAUUCAGAUAUUUUCAGUGUAGAGAGUAAUAGCAUGGUUUGCCCAUGCCUAUUACCAGCUACAGGUGGACUUACAUGCUGUUACCUAAUUUUUUUAAACUACCUAUAUUUGAAGUUCAUGCUGCUGUUCUUUCAACUACUGAAGUCAGCACGAUGAACUUGUUUUGGGAGGGUGGAAAACAUCAAGAGGAUUUAUUUCAUGGGAAGAACUGGGGCAGCUGUGUGGGUGUCUCUGACUGAAGAAAUAAAGUAUAGGAAACAAUGUC